AUGGCAGUUCCGGUGGUACAUGUGGAAGGAGCCGCUGAGCCUGUUCCAUCAUGUGCUAUUGCAUUGAAGGGCGUGUACAUGUCGUGGACGAACGAUCCGUCUAACCCCGGGGUCGAAGACUGGAAUGUUACCGAGAUCAAGAUUGACCCCAAUCGGGGACGCAUCGACAAGUCGACCGUGGCGCACUCCUGGAAGAUGCCCGACAUGUGGACAACGCAGAACAAGCCGUCGCUGAUGAUGGCCUGA